AUGAAUUGGACGCAUUUUAAUCACCCCCAAGUUGCUCAAUCGGAACUGCACAAAAUACAAAAGGAACAACUUAACCAAGAUGUUUUAGGUGUGGUGCAGGAGUGUAAUACGCGGUGGAAUAGCACAUUUUAUAUGUUGAAACGAAUGAUUAAAAUACAGAAUUCACUUUGCUUGUACGCAAGUAAACACAAUAUCCCACAAAUAAUGAAGAAUGGCUGCAGCUCAAGAAACUAG